CCCAAAGGAGAUUUGAUCAUUUUGCAACUCGGCACAGAGCAAAAACCCUAACCAAACCCUAGCUUCGCAAUUCCCUCGUCUCUGCACUGACGCCUUCUCUGUUCGUGAGCGAAAAUGCCGUUCAAGAGGUACGUGGAGAUCGGACGGGUUGCCCUUGUUAAUUACGGCAAGGACUAUGGGAAGCUCGUUGUCAUCGUCGACGUCAUUGAUCAGAACCGCGCUCUUGUCGAUUCCCCCGACAUGGUGAGGAGUCAGAUGAACUUCAAGAGACUUUCUCUUACCGACAUCAAGAUCAAUAUCAAAAGGGUUCCUAAAAAGAAGGCGCUUAUUGCGGCCAUGGAGGCUGCUGAUGUAAAGGGCAAAUGGGAAAAGAGCUCCUGGGGCAGGAAGCUAAUUGUCCAGAAGAGAAGAGCUGCCAUGAAUGACUUUGACCGGUUCAAGCUUAUGAUUGCGAAAAUUAAGAGGGCUGGUGUUGUCCGGCAAGAACUUGCAAAACUCAAGAAAGAGAAUGCAGCCUAAUCUAGUAAAAUUUUUUGUCAGUUCAUAUUUUUGAAGGAUUUUUAACACCUUGCCUGCAGAUUUACCUGUUCUUGAAUUAAUUUACACUAGGCGAAAAAAAUUUACUUCCCGAUAUUGCUUCAGCUUCAGAUCGGGAACAUGUUUUUGCCAUUCGUCGUAAAACUUGCUUCUAUUAUUAACUCAUGGCAAUGAUACGUUAUUUUGUUCCCUUUUUACAUUCGAUUGCUCUUUAGCCUU